AUGGUAGAGACAGCCACCACCACUACUACUCUUGAUGAUGCAGACUCCAGUGUUUUCACGUUUGCUUCGGCUUGGAACAGUAUAACCCCCUCAGACCCAUGUCAUGGGUGCACUGUGAAACUAGAUUCAGGCCAAGUUCUGGAUGGGACUUGGCAUGAUGGAUCGGUAGGUGGGAGUACAGCGUUACUUGAGUUUGAAGGUUCCGGUGUAACACUCUAUGGUGUGACCAAUGCCGACCACACGAGCGCAUUAAGAUUCAUUCUAGACGGUGGCUCUCCAGUCAAUCUCGACCUCUCGUCAAUCCCUCAAUCCCCCACCGCAGUAUACAACUACCAAUUUUUCAGUGCAUCAGGGCUUUCGAGUGGUUUUCAUAUUCUUUCGUGGACCAUCGAAAGUAAUGUUUCGAGUGCUGUUGCGUUGAUUGACUACGCGAUAGUAACUUCCGAUGGCGCCUCGUCGCCCUCUACGUCUCAAGUAUCCUCUUCCCCCUCUUCCACGUCUUCUUCCUCUCCCACCCAGAAAUCUAAACCCACAGCUACGACGAUUGUUGAUGCGGUUCUAGGGAGUGUUGCUGGUGUGGCGUUGGUUGCUGUUAUAGUUUUCUUACUUGUGCGACGACGGAGGAAGUCAACUCCGAGUUCGAUUCCAGGGCUCGAGAAUUUUCGCUUCGAUAAUAAUCUGGACAGUCAACUGACGCUAGAAAACGAUGCACGACGGGAAAAUAUUCAAAAUACGCCUGCGCUACACUUACCUGUUCGAGGUCGAGUCCGAGACACUGAGGAAUCUCCAUCCCAAUCUAGGUCGCCCCAUCAGGCUGAACCUCGACCUGAAGUUCAUAAUACCAACACCGCCAACACUGCCAAUACUACGGACUCAACCAAUAGUCCUAGCGAAUCUCUACCUCCCAGUGAACCUAUUCGACAACUGGAACAGAGGAUUCACAUGCUCGAACAAAUGCUCAGACAGGCAGAUCAUGCAGAACUGGCACUUUACGCGGGUUCUCCUCCGCCAUAUUUAUUGAUCUAG